GCUCGGCGGAGCCGGGGAGGAGGCGGUGCCUUAUAGCGGGGGCUCGGGGACCGCGCCUGCAGAGCUCGCCGAGCCCGGCGAUACCCUGGACAGCGCCUCGCCGCCGCCAUGGAGACCCUGAAAGCUUUUGACCGGGAAGUAAAUGCAUUUGUGGACUAUAUGUUUGGACCUCGAGAUGCCAGGGUUAGAGGAUGGUUCCUUUUGGACUCUUACCUUCCCACAUUUUUCCUUACUGGAGCAUAUCUACUCUGCAUAUGGCUGGGCAAAAAGUUCAUGAAGAACAGGCCUCCUUUCUCUCUCAGGGCUCAUCUCAUUGUGUAUAACCUUGGGAUCACACUGCUCUCCUUCUACAUGCUCGUAGAGCUCAUCCUUGCCACAUGGGAAGGCGGCUACAACUUGCAGUGCCAGAACCUCCACAGUGCAGGGGAGGCUGAUAUCCGGGUAGCCAAGGUGCUGUGGUGGUAUUAUUUUUCCAAAGUAAUUGAAUUCAUGGACACUAUCUUCUUUGUACUGAGAAAGAAAAGCAGCCAGAUCACCUUCCUUCACGUGUAUCACCAUGCCACUAUGUUUAACAUUUGGUGGUGUGUUCUGAACUGGAUACCUUGUGGGCAAAGCUUCUUUGGACCCACUUUGAAUAGCUUUAUCCAUGUGCUUAUGUACUCUUAUUACGGACUGUCAGUCAUCCCGUCCAUGCGCAAGUAUCUCUGGUGGAAGAAAUACCUCACUCAGGCACAAUUGAUCCAGUUUCUGCUCACUAUUGUGCACACACUUAGUGCAGCUGUGAAGCCAUGUGGGUUCCCUUUUGGCUGCCUCAUGUUCCAGUCCUCCUACAUGGCCACACUGGUCGUUCUGUUCAUAAACUUUUACAUUAAGACAUACCGGAAGGCUCCUUCAAGAACAGCUAUAAAGGAAACCCCUAUCACAACAGAAAUCAAGAAUGGUUUUCAUAAGGACUACUUUGCUGCUGUCAAUGGAUUCCAGAACAAUAAGAAGGCACAAUAAGUGUUUCCUAUGAUCUUUUUUCCUAAAAAAAGAAAAAAAAAAAAAGAAGAAAAAAGACUGAAUUACAAACUUUAGCUUAAAACCUAUUUGAUUACAUUUAUCAGUUCUUUGUACCAGACACUUAUUAAUGUACUGUUAUUUAGGUUUUAACAAAGUGAGUAGGAUUACUUGUCAAAGAUCACCAUCAGAACAAAGAAAGCCAAGGUCUUUCUCAUAUGAAAAAGAAAACCUUUCUGAUCUCUAAUGCUGACACAAAAACGCCUUAUGAAACACUUGAUGGAUAAAUCCAUCAAUGCCUUCAAAAGGUUAGGACUCUAUUCAGACUAACACAGUGAGCACUUUCUGUGCACGUGAGAGGUGGCCAAGGUCAGGAAAAUAAAGAGGGCAGAGAGAAAGGUGAGAAUCAUACCUUUUCCAUCACCAUACCCCUCUUUUCUUCUUCCCAGCCAUUCCCCAAAGCACAUUCUCUCCCUGUAGAUACCAGCAAGGAGCCCUUUGAUCCUGUGGGAGGCCUAGGGAAGAACAUGACAGAGAGCAGAGCCCAGGACCACCAUCCCAUAGUUAACAGACACAUGUGCACCACACUCAACUUGCUUGACAUAUGUGCAACCUGACUGAAAUGCCAGGAAGGCUGGCAGAAGCUUGCUAUUUCAGGGGGCUGGACUGGUAGCCCUUGGAACUACCCACAGUAUCCUAUUCUGAACACAGAGCAAAACAAGUCACUUUGGAUGCACUAAAUUAAUAGGAGUUCUGAGUAAAUGGAUGUUGAAAGAAAUAGGAGCUUAGCGACUUAAGGAAGAUAAAUCCUCUGAGUGUAAAUGCGUACAAGUUAAUCCUAUACAAACACUGCUAAUUUGAAGCAAACUGACAUGCAACAUAUUAAUAGGCUGGAAGAUGCAGAAAAUCUUAAAAGUGGAUUGAGCAAUGAACAAAGCAUAUUAUACUAAGGUCUCUGACUGGAGAAACAGAUGGGACUGAGGCACAAUCCUCUGUAGGGAAAGCAAGGAGAUACUUACUGUCUGCAGUUAUAAAAGCGUCUCUCUCACAACAGCCUGUCACAUUCCAUGCUGCUUCAGUUAGCUGUAUUUUCCCCUCCCCACCCCUUGAAUGGUUAGAAAUUAAGAAUACCCAAGGUUGACAUUGUAGAUCUGCCCUCACCCUUUUCUCACUUAGCCCACUCCAUUUCUCUGCUGAAAAUAAACACAGACCUUUUUCCUCUCUCAUUUUUUCACAGUGAAGUAACUGUGGUCACUUCCAUUCUCAUUUGUAUAAAUUCUCUCAAAAAAAAGCCACCUGCCAAAGUCACCCAGCCCAGGAUACCCCUUGGAAUGAAGCAGUUCUAGAACAGAAACUCAUCCUCUCACUCCUGUCACCUUGAAGGGUCCCAGGGCAGGAGGGGAACAAACUGCACGCACAGCCAGCACAGAGAGACCAAAAGGCCACAGAGGGCCUAUGUGUGGAGGAGGAUUUCCCAAACUGUGCUCUCCAAUUCUUUUCCACUUCUAGAGGGUCAGUUAUCCCCUUUUUUGAUACCAUCAUUUAAAUGAUCUGUCAUCAGGGGCUCUUGAAGACUGCAGGUGCAAAGACAGGAGGAAGGUUUUUCCCAGGGAGCAGUACGGACAAAGGGCAGCCAACCUUGCCAGGAGCAGCCUGAGAAACUACAGCCAUGCAGGCUCACAGACAAAAAGGAAAAGGGCUGAGGAAGUGGUACAGCACAGGGGGAAGAACAGACAGGUUGGUUUGUCCAGGAAAAGCAAGAGGAGAAAAUGGCAUGAAGAAGGGUGUUUUGGGUCAGAGUUCAGUUUGAAUGUGAUAGCCACAAAACUUCACUGUCUGAAAGUCAGUGUUUUGCUUUAUUUAACAUUCAAUAAAGAGGGAAAGCAGCAAUUUAAAAAAAAAAAAAAAAGAUUCACAAAGCCUGAACACUGCAUGCAUAUACUAUUUCUCAUUAGCCUUUCCAGAACCUUUGCUUUGCAGGCCUUUCUGGUUGAUACUGUAAAACUCCCAAGCUGUAAGAAAUUUGUGGGUGUUGCUGAAGGUGUUCUACAUGGCCAAAAGUAAAGGGAAAGCUUCAGGGCUCUGCAGAUAUCAACUUGAUACUGGAAACUGGGGUAAAGGCAGAGGACUUGGAAAGGGCUGACAAGACAGUGCAUUCAUCUAAGGCAGGCAACAAAAGGGUCAUGUGGCCGAGCACAGAUUUUAGGUUGAGUGGAGUCCAUAAUCUUUUGAUGGCAAAGCGUGCAUUUGACUAUCAAGGUGAACAGCAUCAGCACACUAAGUGUCAAAGUUUACUAGAGCAAUCAAACCCACAGAUAUUGUCUUUUUUGUUGUUGAAACCUCAUUCAAAAGAAAAGGAAAUAAAUAAAUGCCUUACUUGAAAUUCAAAGGGCUGGGGAAAAAAAAAAGAAAAAAGAAAAAAAAAAAAAAAAAAAGGAAAAAAACCUGAGGUGGUCUCACCUUGCAGAUCCAGAGCAGCCAGGAAGGCUGGAAUCAGGUAUGUUUUAAAAUUCUUGAGAUAAGUCUUAACAUCUUCAAAAUGCCGCAACUUUGAAGAAAGAGAAGCGUUGACUUUUUAAACUGAUUUUCCUGUAACACAUAACACUGUAAAUAAACAAAUUUUACUAUCA